GAGAACAAGCCGAAGACGUUCACUGAAGCCUUGUUCCUCACCGUUCCUGGCGUCACGGGGGCCGUGCUUACAGGUAUGUUGGCCCUGAUUGCUUUUACCAGCCGUCAGAGCUUUCGCAGCAAGCACUUUGAAUGCUUCUGGAACCUGCACAACGUGGCGAUCUUCACAUGGCCGAUUAUUCUGUUCUUCCACGGCUCGCAAGGUUGGGUUGGGGUCGGCAUUCCGCUGGUCGUCAUCGUCUCGGCCCUCCCUAUCACGACCUAUGCCAUCGGCCGCAUCGCACGGCUCCUCCGCUACUACCUCUUUGUUGGGAAGGCCGUACGGAUCCUUCGCGCCACGGUGAGGUUGGGGAGGAAGGGCGAUGUCAACGGCUCUUUGACUCAGCUGGAGGUGACGCCACCUCCGUACUUGUGGAGUUUCCAUGCUGGCAUGUACGCAUUCAUCUGUAUGCCGGACUAUGCGCCGCUACAGUGGCAUCCCUUCACGAUUACGUCUGGUAAGGAUGAUGCAACCGUGAACUUUCUGGUGGCAGGUGUGGGCGACUGGAGCAAUGAAGUGGCACGGCGCUGCCUGAAGGGUGAGUUGCCUCGCUUGGCUUUGGAUGGGCCUUUCGUUUCCCCUACACAGUCAGCCAUGGACAAGGAGGUCCUUGUUGCUAUCGGCGCUGGGGUCGGCGUCACGCCGUUCCUCUCCUUGCUCUCCACCUUUUUGGUGCAGCUUUCAGGAACCGAUGCAUCCUCGCUACUCGAGGCCCAUUUCUACUGGGUCACGCGGGAUCCGAGUGAGUUCAUCUUCGGCGCGCCUUUGCUACGGAACUGGCUCUCCCACCGUCCCUUGCACGCCAAGAUUGUGGUGCACCUGUACACCACGGCCAGAUGCCCUGAGAAGGACCUGCCGAGCUUCCUUUUCAAGGAACGCCUCAAGCGACAGGGUGCAGUCGAUCGCCAAUACUUCAAGGCCGUCUUCCCGGAGUGGCAGCGACAGAAUCUGCAGGCUCCGGGUCCUCAAUUUCCUUGGUGCUGGGCAGAGGGUGGCCAGGAGGAGCUUUUGUGGGUGCCCUGCCCAUCCCGGGGUGAUUUCACGGAGAAGUUCUGGCUUGUCAGCAGUUCGUCCCCAGGUUCGGAGCUGUAUACCUCUCAGCAGAGUGACGCCGAGAAAGCUUCGGAGAAGAUCAUGAUGCCGGUGAACAUCGGCAG